GGAGAAGUGAAAGUCAUCCGUGUUUUAAAGAGGUAGCAAAACUACGAAUAACCCCUUAAUGUUAAAGCCGUAUUUGCUACUUAUAACAGUCUAGUCGAGUCACAGAAAAAUGGUUUGACCCUAAUUUCCAAACGAAACGUUUUUGUUUUGUUAUUCUCAGUUUAAGAGGUCAGUGUUCAUUAACAGCCUGGAGCUAGCCAGCUAACUCAGAAGUGAUUAAACUGUUGCGUGAUGGAAGAUUUUCCCAUCAAGACGGUGGAAGUAGUUUGUUUGGGAACCAGCCUCGCGUUGUCUGGGGUCUUUUUUUACAUCUACAAGAAGAAGCGGAAAACGGUGGACAGACUCAAUGAAGCGCCACGGUUGCCUUUAGACGGGAAACUGACUGAUAUUUUGAAUGCCACGCCUGGGAAAUGCCUCCAAUAUGUUGUCAUUGAAGGGGCGGUGCAGCCCGUGGGGGAGCCCCUCAGGAGCCAGUUCCAAGAGGGGACCAUCGGCGUGGUGCAGAAACUGGUGCUGAAGGAGCACAAGCUGGUGUGGAACAGCCUGGCACGGACCUGGACGGACAGCGAGAGGAUCCUGCACGAGAGGGUCAGCCACGUGCCCUUUAACCUGGUGGGCGCGGACCAGGCGUCGGUGCGCGUGCUGUGCCCGCUGGAGGCCUCGGGGCUGUCCGCGGAGAUUGUGCACGAGAAGUUCCACCAGGCCAGCUACGGCUUCACGGACAUCAUCGGCCAGUACCUGAGCGGCGAGAAGCCCAAGGGCCAGCUGGAGACGGAGGAGAUGGUGAAGGUGGGCGCCACGCUGACCGGCGUGGGCGAGCUCAUCCUGGACACGGACCGGACGCUCAAGCUGCGGCCGCCGGCGGACGGCUCGGCCUUCUUCCUCACGCCGGCGGACUACGAGGCCAUGCGGCUGGAGCAGGAGGGCCAGGCGGCCGUGUGGCGGCUGCUGGCGGCGAUCUGCGCGCUGGCCGGCGCCGCCGUCAUGCUGUGGGCGGCCCGGAGGUACUACCGCCACCUGCAGGCCAAGUGGGAGCAGGACCGGCUGCGGCGGGAGUUCAGAAGGCUGCUGGGGGCGUCGUCGGCGGCGGGGGAGGACGACGACGACGAAGAGGUGCCCCUGGGGAACGCCUGCGUCAUCUGCAUGAGCGAGCCGCGCAACUGCGUCCUGCUGGACUGCGGCCACGUGUGCUGCUGCUUCGGCUGCUUCGAGGCCCUGCCGCAGCCCACCUGCCCCGUCUGCAGGCAGCCCAUCGUCAGGGUGGUGCCCCUCUACCAGGCCUAGCGCAUGCCAUCCCCGACCCCGCCAGGAGGUGGCGCUGUCCGCCGAGCUCCGGCGAAGGACUGCGAUUGCGUCCGUGUUACCGUGUAAGUCAGGAGAAACAAUGUGAAUGAAAGCGGAACAAGGUUUUGAUUCUGUUGGGUUGCUGUUUGUUUGUGUGAAUUUUAUUUAUGAAGCAUACCUGCAUGUUCGUGGAUCAGGAAUUUAAAUUUAAUUGCGUGCUUCAGAGGACAAAAUCUGCAGAUACCUUUAUUUUCGUACUCUCCGUAUGAGGUUUGUGCCUUAAUUCAUUCAUUCGUUCAAAGCGUUGCUGCUUCUUUGCGAUAAACUACGCAAAUCAAAGGGUGACACAAAUGCAAGACCAGGUGAUUGUUUGAACACAUGCACCGCUUGACUUGACCUUUCAUUUGUUUAAUUCAGUCACAAAUUUUAAUGUUGGGUGUGGGCCAGGUGUAGUGUUUCCUCUGUGAUAAAUCCAGGUCGAGCAGGAUGUUUGGCAACUGCUCGUACUGUCAAUAAAACAACAACAGUGACCUCAGCCAUCUGGAUAGAGGAUGUUAUUUGCUUUGCCUUUUGUGUGGGUCGAUGUCUUGUGCUGUUCCUUCUUUUAAUUGUCUUUCAGAACUGACAAAUCGUGAACUGUAGGUGUAACACUACGUAGCAUACUUUGUCAUGGAGAUGGACAUGUGGCUGGAAAUUUAGGCUAUAGUGAGGGGGUGUAUGCUCCUCAUAACCCACAAUGUGAACUCUUAAGUUAUCUCAAUAUAGUUCAUAAGAGUAUAGUAGUAUAGUAUACUAUAAUAGUAUAGUAUCAUAAUAGACAAUGUGGAUUUGCCUUUAAAGUCGAUCUUUUCUUUUCUUGAAAACAAAUUUUCUCUCUGACAAACAUCUGAAUGUUUUCUAACGUGUUUUUAUCCUCUCCAGAACAGAGUAAAUAAACUAUGUAAACAAAGUGUUCCAUCGGAA